AUGGAUCCUCUUCCUGAUCUACCUGAAGAGACUGAUAAAAUCUUCUGCAGCAAAUGCGUGAAAUUCUACGGCGUUGAUGAAUUCAAGUUUAACAAGGACGGGAAGCCACAAAGAACUUGCAAGCGCCAUGGUCGAAAACGCGCGUUGGAGCUCGAUGACUGGGACAGUUUCACCCGGCUUCUCCGAAAUUGGAAUAAAUUGGCAAACCAAAUACUCGAAGGGAGCUAUAUUUUUGAUUUGGAUACUCUACCUGUUAAUUUCGGCUCCCUGCGUGCGCUUGAAGUUGCAAAUGGCGAUGGAGAUGACAUCGACCGUAACACGCUUCUGCGAUCCGAAGUGAACGCGGCGAUGCACGACCUGGGUGUAGUGAUUUGGAAGGCGGUUGUGCAAGAAGUGAUCAAUUCGCUUGUAUCCACCAAAACUCCGUCCGAAAUAUACCGUGAGAUUCGACAGAUUCCAGAAGGAAAACCGGUGACGAGGCAUCAAGUGUACUAUCUGUGGCAGAAAGCGAAUGCAGAGAUCUGGCAGCGAGACUUAGAUCCCUUCGUCUCGGCCACAAUGCUUCUUUCUGAAGACAGUCGCUAUCGUGAUCACCACGCAGUCUUCACGGCGGGAAACCUGAGGGCAUUAGGGUUCUUCGCCUCUGAAACCAUUGAAAAUGGUGGUAUGGACCUAUUUGCGGUAUUGGCCGAAGUUGAAGGUACUGGAGUUCCGCUUGCAUAUUGCCUGGUCGAGCUGCUAAAGCCUCCUCCUCAGGCCAACCCAGCACAGAAGAAACCCAUCCGUGCGGACCCUGGAGCGACGACAUACAUUCUUCAGCAAUUUCUUGAACGACUGAAAAAUUUCGGGUUCAAUCCAAGAUGCGUAGCGAUUGACAAGGACUCAUCAGAAAUUGCCGCAGUCACGGCAGUGUGGUCUGGGGUAAAAGUUCAACUUUGCUACUGGCAUGUGAAACGGGCUGUAAGCACAAAGCUCAAUUCGUCUAAAAGCACUAACACGCAAAAUCACUACCGGCCCGAGGAAGCCCAGAAACUGGUCUCAGAUUUGGAGAUCUGCUGGGGCUCGUUGCCAAUCCGCCGACCGCUGGGCCAUCGAUUUGGUGAUUGCGCCUGCCCAUCGAAGGGGAUAAAAUCGACGAAAUUGUCCUCGACGACUUUGCAUCGCGAAUGUGCGGCCGAGAUGCAUACGUGGUGUAAGGAACGGGGAUAUUACCGUCUUUGGGCUUAUCUGUAUAUCAACUGGUACUGUCCCGAACAGUGGAAGCUGUGGGCACGGGCCGCCGAUCCUACUGAUAUCCCAGUGGUGAAAACAACAAUGAUUGUUGAGUCACACUGGCGAACGCUAAAGCACGACUAUCUUCAUCGAUUCAAUCGGCCGCGGGUUGACCUGGUGGUGUGGGUCUUGACGUCGCGAGUUCUCCCGGAUGCCGUCCAUCGAAUGAAAGCUAUUUCCAGUGGGCAGUUUCGCAUAUUCAAAGCUCGAUGGAGAGAUGCCUUCAAGAAGCAGUGGCGUAAGGAAGCCUGUAAAACCGUGGAUCCGGACAAAUUAAAAGAAUACCACACGAAUCCAGUUAACUGG